AUGGGGUCCUGGAUUGAGGUGUCAAAGGACUCAGACUUCUCACUGCAGAACUUGCCAUAUGGUAUCUUCAGCACUAAUGGCACAGGACCACGCAUUGGCGUUGCCAUCGGUGAACAUGUGCUUGAUCUUAAAGUCCUGGCGCAGGAUGAAGUCUUCGCAGAUCUCAAAUUCGAUGCCACCACACUCGAACAGACAACCUUGAAUGCAUACGCUGCCUUGAGAAGAGGCGUACAUCGUGCGGUCAGGAGUAGAGUACAACAAAUCUUGCAGAAGGAGACUCAGUACGGGGAUGUGUUGCGAGACAAUGAGGAACGUCGCAAGAGGGCGCUCACUCCAUUGAGCAGCGUUACAAUGCACCUACCGAUGGCCAUUGGCGACUAUACCGACUUUUUUGUGGGACUCCACCAUGCUGUUAAUUGUGCAAAUGUUAUUGCGCCCGGUAAAGGAAUCGAAGGACUCUGUCCAGCAUUUUUCCAUUUACCUGUCGCAUACCACGGUCGCGCCUCCUCGGUGGUUCCAUCAGGCACGAAGAUACGUCGUCCCAAUGGUCAAAUGAAAGUGGACGACAAGGUUAUAUAUGGACCUUGUCAAAAACUCGAUUUUGAAAUUGAAUUCGCAGCUUUCAUUUCCCAUGGAAACGAGUUGGGAAGUCCAAUACCUGUCGACGAGGCCGAGGAUCAUAUUUUUGGAUUUGUCUUGUUGAACGACUUGUCGGCGCGAGAUAUUCAAGCGUUUGAAGCAACCAUCAUGGGGCCUUUCCAGGGGAAGAACUUUGGUACCUCGAUCUCGCCAUGGAUAGUCCCUUUCGAUGCGCUCGAACCAUUCCGCACCGCUCCAAAGGAGCCACGCCAAUUGGCACAAUAUCUAACUGAAAAGAAAACUGAAUCGGCAUAUAAUCUUCCUAUUCGAGCGUCUCUGGAGGUGGACUCGCAAAAAUAUCACAUGGUAGAAGGCAAUACAAACAACGUCAUCUUCUCAUUCGCACAAAUGAUUGCACACCACACGCGCGGUGGCUGUCCCCUACGAACCGGAGAUCUCAUAGGAACGGGAACAGUUUCAGGUCCGGAAAGGGAGCAGAUUGCGUGUCUCCUAGAACUUUCACUAGUCGAAAAGGAAGGAACCGAAUUCGCAGCUCUGGAUGCCUCCAUAGGCACAGUGCGCCGCACCUUCCUUGAAGACGGAGAUGUUGUUGAGUUUACUGCUCAAGCGAAGUCAAGUGAAGGGAACGUCGGAUUUGGACAUUGCCGCGGACAGAUACUUCCAGCGCUCGAAUCCUGA